AACUCGCAUCCUAUCUUCUUCUUCACCAAAUUCCCAGCAACUAUCUCUCUCUCUCUCUCUCUCUCUCUCUCUAAAGUACUUUGUUCUCUCUCUAAAAAGUGUUUGUGUUCUUGCCAUACAACAAAUGGAGUUGGAUAGCAUUCUUGAUUUUCUUGAUAGCAAGACCAUUUUAAUCACCGGUGCCACUGGUUUUCUUGCUAAAAUAUUUGUGGAGAAGAUUCUUAGAGUUCAACCAAAUGUGAAAAAGUUAUAUCUUCUUGUGAGGGCAACCGAUGCCAAAUCCGCUUUGCAACGUUUCAAUAAGGAGGCAGUGGCAAAGGACUUGUUCAAUAUCUUGAAAGAGAAGCAUGGUGCAAAUCUUCAGUCUUUCUUGUCGGAAAAGGUAACUCCGGUGGCCGGAGACAUCACCUAUGAAAAUUUGGGAGUAAAAGACUCUGGUUUGAUUGAAGAGAUGUGGGGAAAUAUUGAUGUUGUUGUGAAUGUAGCUGCCACCACCAACUUUGAUGAAAGAUACGACAUUGCAUUAGCUUUGAAUACAUUUGGAGCCAUAAAUGUUUUAAAUUUUGCUAGCAAAUGCGUUCAAAUAAAGUUGCUUCUUCACGUGUCCACUGCUUAUGUUGCUGGUGAGACACCCGGGCUCAUACUAGAAACUCCAUAUCUAUUGGGGAAGACACUUAAUGAUGCAAAUGGGCUUGACAUCAACACAGAGAAGAAGAUCAUCGAAGAGAGAUUAAAAGAACUUAGCUAUGAUAAAACAUCUACAGAUAAAUCGAUUACAUUGGCCAUGAAAGAUUUGGGUGUUGAAAGGGCAAAUAAAUUUGGAUGGCCGAAUACGUAUGUUUUUACAAAAGCAUUAGGAGAAAUGAUUCUUGGACACUUGAAAGGAGACAUGCCGUUAGUCAUUCUUCGACCAACUAUCAUCACUAGCACCUACAAAGAACCCUUCCCUGGUUGGAUUGAGGGAAUAAGAACAAUCGAUAGCUUGGCGGUUGGCUAUGGCAAGGGACAGUUAUCAUGCUUCCUUGGUGAUCCCGAAUCCAUAAUCGACGCGAUACCUGCAGACAUGGUAGUGAAUGCUAUGAUUGCGACGAUGGUAGCUCAUGCAAAUCAACCGUCAUGUGAAAUAAUAUACCAUGUUGGAUCAUCGGUAUCGAACCCAUUGAAAUACAAAUCAAUUCAACAAAGUGGGUAUAAGUAUUUUUCAAAGCAUCCAUGGAUUAACAAAGAAGGCAAACCGGUUAUAGUUAGCGAAGUUAAAGUGUUGAACUCCAUGGCUAGCUUUCAAAGAUAUUUUUCUCUUCGUUAUUUACUCCCAUUACAGGGUUUGCAAGUUGCAAAUUUAGCUUUAUGUCAUGCUUUCAAUGGAACUUACACAAAUCUUAAAAGAAAGACCAAUUUUGUGUUGCGGUUGGUGGAGUUGUACAAACCCUAUUUGUUCUCAAAAAGCUUCUACGAUGAUAUGAAUACUGAAAAACUCCGUCGACUAGUUAGAGAAAACGAGGCCGAUAUGUUCUAUUUUGAUCCCAAGACAAUUAAUUGGGCCGUUUAUUUCGAGAAUACACACCUUCCUGGUGCUGUGAAACAUGUAUUUAAAUGAUCGCAACCUCAUUUGGAUGACUUAUGUUGUACUUGUUUUCAUAUUUCUAAUAAGUGCCAUAAAAUAUGAUUUGUUGUAACAACGUGAAUUUUAAAGUUAAGAUAUAGUGAAGAAUAUGUUAUUGUCUGUACUUUUUCAUGUCGUUUUUCAAGACGUAUGUAACUAAUAUGGAAGACUUUUAGUUUGAA